AUGGCUUCAGGAAUGCAUUCACUGAACUACAUCGUUUCGUGCCUCCUAUGGCCUGCUACACGGUUGUGGUCCCUUGGAGCUCGUCAGAUCGCCGACAUCAGAGCUAAUCCGAAGCUGGUCUCUCUGGCAGUCAAAUCCGGACUAGCAGCUACACUAGCCGCCGUGGUUUGCGUUCUUGAAGACCCCAUUCCAGACCUAUCAGAGAUUGGAAUAUGGGCUGUGGUGACAGUAGACCUGGUGUUCGAGCCCACUGUCGGAUCUUCACUAGGCAAAGGCAUCAACAGAACGGCUGGUACCCUUUUGGCAGCAGUUCUCGCUUUUGGUGUCAACCACGCCACACCUCACCUUGGGGAUGUGAAGCCUCUCUUUCUGGCCCCGGCAUAUUCUGGUGACCUUCUCCACAAUCUUCUCGUCAGUAAGCUGAAGUUAGUUGCAACUGAGCUGAACAGGUUUGGGGAAAACUGCGUUCUGGAAAGCAGUUCUACAGACAGUGUAAUGAAGGUCUGCAGCGACAUCCUUUUUUGCCAGGCUGAAGUAGACAAGCAUCUAUCAGCUAUCCAGUUUGAGCCACCACAUGGAAGGGUUUUUUAUAAGUAUCCCUGGAAGUCAUAUGGUCAAGUUCUGACCAGUCUUCAGAAUUUUGGUCUCACCCUUAUUACCGUGGAGUCAAGUUUGCAUGCUGCUUUUCAAGGCAACUCCUCGCUGAGGCAGGAUAUGGGAGUGGAGAUGAGGAACCUGCUGCAUGAGUGUUCAAGAGUUAUUGUGAUGCUAGCUGCAUCCAUGGGGAGUUUUACAUGGCAAGGAAGACCAUCACUGGCUCUUCUGCACUCCCAGAACGACCUGUUGAAAGAAAAAGUUAUACACAGCUUGCAGCAGUUUGCACAUCCCAAGUCAGCAGCGGAUAUUGGAGGUGCAUCUGACACUUCAUGUUUCAGUUCAGACAUAAGCGCCAUGAGCCCAACUGCAUGCAUUACAGAUUACAGGUUGAUGGACGGGUUACUCUCUCCACGCUUUGAUACUCGCAUGGAGCAUCUGCAGCAAGCCAGACAUUUGCACGGUCCUGAAAGUUUUUUAUUUUCGACAGUAGCAAGUGCUUCAGUUGUGGACAAAAACACUGCUCUAGCUGCUCUUCCUAUACUGCGGGUGCAGUUGAGUAUCCUUGAAGUUCUUCCCAAUCUAGUCAACUUGGUAUACUGUGGAGAACAUGGCUGUUGGUUGUAG